UGACACUAUGACACAUAGAUUAUAGAUAAACAAACUGAAAUGGCAAAUCUUCAUCAAUUUAGAAAUUAUUAAUGAUUACACUAGAAUAACCAGCACAAAAAUGGAUACAGCAAAAUUAGAGAUGUUUGAUGAGGGGGAAGAAUACGUGGAUGGAGAAAUGAAUAUUCCAAAACCAAAAAAUACCUCUCAGAUAGGAGAGCCAGACUUUAAUACUUUAAAUGAGCCUAUUCGCGAUACAAUAUUAAGGGACUUAAAAGCUGUUGGGAUAAAAUUUGCAUAUGUAUUGUUCCCAAAAGAGAAGAAGACUUUGUUGAAGGAAUGGGACUUAUGGGGACCUUUGCUGUUGUGCACCCUCAUGGCUAUGUUCCUCCAAGGUUCCAGUGAUGACACAAGCAAAAAUGAUGGUGGUCCUGAAUUUGCACAAGUUUUUGUGAUUGUAUGGAUUGGAUCCAUGAUUGUAACAUUAAAUUCUAAGUUAUUGGGAGGAAACAUAUCUUUCUUCCAAAGUGUAUGUGUUCUAGGAUAUUGUCUGCUCCCCACGUCAAUUGCCCUUAUUGUAUGUAGAAUUCUUUUAUUAUUUCACCAAAUUCCUCUCGUCUUUUUCAUAAGAUUUGUUGUGUCUAUGGUAGGAUUCAUUUGGGCAACUUAUGCUUCAAUGAUUUUCUUAGGAGACAGCCAAAAGCCAAAUAGGAAGCUAUUAGCAGUAUACCCAAUAGGACUUUUUUAUUUUAUUAUAUCAUGGUUAGUGAUUUCUAAAACAAAUACAUAAUAAGUUAUGAAAGA